AUGAAGGUCCUUUGGGUGCUGGCAUUGGCUUUUGUAAUUGUCGCCGUGGCUGGUGAUGAUGCUGAUUCGGAAUACGAUUCGGAUGAGUACGACGAUGACUAUUACUACGACGAUGACACCACUGAAGCUGGAUCUGUAGCUGCCACAACCACAGAGGCAAGCGCCGCUGUCCCCGCAACCACCGUGGCAAGUGCCGUUGUCCCCGCAACCACCGUGGCAAAUGACGAUGCCUCCGAGGACUACUCUGGAGAAGGUGAUUCUGAUGGCGAUGAAUCCGACUAUUAUGACUAUGAAACCUCCAGCGAAGCCGAGGAUGAUUCCAGCGAUGCUACUACUCCAACAAAAUCCACCAAAUCGGGAGCGAAAAAGGCUAAGAAUGGCAGGAGAAACGGCGGAAAACGGCUUCGUCGCCGCACCACUGCUGCCCCAAGACGUCGCACCACAGCGGCUCCAGCACGUCGUCAAGCAGCUGCCUCCCCAGCCGCCAAGAAGCAAACGGCUGCGGCCAAAAGGACCCCAGCAGCUGCAGCCAAGAAAAGGCAAACAAACGCGGCCCAAACCAAGAAGGCCAACACCGCCACCAACAAGCGCAAGCGUUCAGGAUAA